AUGUCGUUAAACUAUACGUUCUUUGAUUUCACGCUGUUUCUUUUUCGAGUUUUCUGGGAGUUUUGGGGGUUGAAGACGAUGAAGAUGCGGGGUUUUUUGGUGAAGACGGCAGUUGUCCGACGUGUGCUCCGUCGCCGCCGUUCGUCGACGGGUUACCGCCGGCUAAAUCACCCUCUGCAGAAGCGCUGGCGGGAGAAGUCCGUCUGCUCGGUCUUUAGCCGGCUGAAGACCAAAGCAAAGGCGAUCUGCAGCUCCUUGGGUUGGUCCCGGAGUUUUGGCCGGCGGAAAGCGGUUGAAGAGAACCCGACCGUGGCGGUGCCGCCUAAAGGCCAUGUGGCGGUGUACGUCGGCCAGAAAGACGGCGACUUCAAGAGGAUUCUGGUGCCGGUAAUAUACUUCAACCACCCUUUGUUCGGCGAGCUGCUUAGGGAGGCGGAAAACGAAUUCGGGUUCAGUCAUCCGGGCGGGAUCACCAUUCCUUGCCGGAUCUCGGAGUUUGAGCUGGUCCAGACCCGGAUCAAGCAAGGUAGUCGGUGCCGGAAAAUGACCAUAGCCUUGAAAUGA